GUUAAGGACUCUCAUGUUCCCCCCGUUGAACAUGGUCUAAGAUCUAAAACCCUUGCGUUUCAUUUUUCUCCCGUUCAGAGAAGAACACUGAGAAAGUCACUCUCUUCCAUCUUCUCGAUCUUCGUCAAAACCAUGACUUCCGUGACCACCAACACCACAUUCGCUGAGGCUAAGACAGGAGUGUUCUUGGACGUGGAAGAGUGUCCGAUCCCAGAAGAUCUCGACCCUAAAUCUCUUUAUCAGAACAUCAGAACAGCCCUCGCGAACAAAGGUUACCACGGAGAGGUUUCAAUCAAGGCGUUUGGUGACAGGAACCAGAUCCCUGGUUACUUCGAAUCUGCCGGAAUCGAAAUCCAUCCCGUUGGAGAUAAGCGUUUGAGAAUUAGGGAGAUGCUGAUAAGUUUUUUUCACUGGUUAUAUACAAAUAAACCUGAAUUGUGCAACGUGAUGAUUAUCUCACGAAACGGCAUGGAGUUUGCUUCUGCUCUCCAUAGUUGCAAAGAGCUUGGUCACAACAUUCUCGUUGCUAAUCCUCUACACGGUCCCAAGAUUUGCCAGUGCGGUUGCAAAACUAAGUCGUACGAUCUCAUCACCGAGAUGUGGCUUUGGGAGACCUUAGCUGAUGGAGGAGACCCUCUCGUUAAAACCAAAAGAGAAGAAGAGGUGAGCAACGAAGAGGAGGAAGAUGAUGUUUCUGAAGACUUGUCGUCCUUCACGAGAACUUUUAGUAGCUUCGUAUGUUGUUAAGUAUGUUUCUAAGUUUGGCUGCAUAGUUGCCUAGUAGUGAAUCUUUCGAAGUAGCUCAUAAGAUGUUUAUUGCUAAGCAAUUGAUGUUUCAAGUUGCUACUUACCGCUGAAUAAAUAGUUAUUGUUUAUAAGAUGCUACAUAGUAUUGCUAAGUAAUUAAUGUUCAAGUUGCUACAUAAGUUGUCAUUAAAAUAACUUAGUAGAUUAUUAAUUUGUGUGUGUGUUAAUGUGUGCAUAGUGAUUCUAAUUUUAUAUUCAGUGUAAUGUGAGCAUUUGAAUUCUC